CACACAUAAACACCAGGUCUGGUCACGUGACGUAGACAUAACCGGAUUACGAUUUGCUUAGAAAGCAUUAUUUAAAUCUCCUGAGCUUUAAAAUGGCUCGAGAUAUGGCUUCCCUGAAGACUUUGGUCCUUGCACUGUCUAUGGUUCAGCUAACCGGUGCGAUCGAGUUCUCCACGCUCGACCAUCUACGGAGUCGCACGCCGGCGGAUGUCCAGGCCCGGGCGGCCACGGAACUCAUCAUGAGGGUCGUGGGGGACAGACGCUCGGACUUUGACAUCAAAGUCGACCCCAGCAGCGGCCCAGCAGACAGGGACACCUUUACUCUAGAGCAGUCGGGAUCUAAGCUCUCCAUCACGGGGACCAGUGGUGUGGCGGUCGCCAUGGGCUUCUACUACUACCUCAAGUACUACUGUGGGGGGCAGUUCACCUGGGCGGGACAACAGGUCGCCCUGCCAACAGUAUUACCUAAAGUUUCCAUGGUGACAGUUACCUCCAAUGACCGGUUUCGGUACUACCAAAACGUCUGCACCGUCAGCUACUCCUUCGCCUGGUCGGACUGGGACCAGUGGGAACGUCACAUAGACUGGAUGGCCUUGCAGGGCAUCAACCUGCCAUUGGCCUUUACAGGACAGGAGGCCAUCUUCCAGAGGGUCUAUCUGUCAAUGGGCUUCACGAUACAAGAUAUGGAGGCACAUUUCGGCGGACCAGCAUUCUUAGCUUGGGCAAGAAUGGGAAACAUACGUGGCUGGGGCGGUCCUCUGCCCGAAUACUGGAUGGACAGACAGUUGGCUCUCCAGCACAAAAUACUGGACCGGAUGAGGUCACUUGGCAUUAUUCCAGUACUUCCGGGGUUUGCUGGACAUGUGCCAGCCGCCAUUACAAGGGUGUUCCCCAAGGCCAAUGUAACCCGACUCGGGAGCUGGGCUAACUUCAAUGCUAAUUAUUCAGAAACCUAUCUGCUGGAUUUCAACGACCCCCUUUUUACUACAAUUGGUUCGAAGUUCAUCAAGGCUAUGGAGGACGAGUUCGGCAUUGAUCACAUCUACAACGCGGAUAGUUUCAAUGAGAUGACUCCAGCGUCCAGCGACCCCGCGUACUUGGCAUCAGCAGCACGAGGAGUGUAUAACGCAAUGGUGGCUGGAGACUCCCAGGCCAUUUGGCUGAUGCAGGGCUGGCUGUUUGUGAAUGGGAAUUUCUGGAAGGACCCUCAAAUCAAGGCCCUUCUUACUGCAGUACCACGGGGCAAGAUGAUCAUACUGGACCUGUACUCCGAGCAGUCUCCGAUCUUCUCCCGCACGGAGUCUUACUACGGGCAACCGUUCAUCUGGUGCAUGCUGCAUAACUUUGGCGGGCUUAACGAAAUGUACGGCGAACUAGACAAGGUCAACGAGGGUCCGUUCAAGGGACGUAACUUCCCGAACAGCUCCAUGGUGGGUACGGGUCUCACCCCGGAGGGCAUCAACCAGAACGAGAUCAUGUACGAGUUCAUGAAUGAACAGGCGUGGAGACCCGGACCUGUUAACACAACGGAGUGGAUAGAUCAGUAUCAAGCACAGCGAUACGGGGGCGGCAACCCAAGCACUUCCGCCGCCUGGGAUUAUCUCAGGCAAAGCGUCUACAAAUCGGGGUCAACGGGGGUCACCAUCAUCCAUCGCCCGUCGAUAGGCAGCCACGAGUCGGUGGGCUACGACCCCGAGAUGCUGUACCAGGCGUGGGACAAAAUGGUGGCCGCCCAAUUUACAACGACGGCUCUCCGUGGACAACCACUGUUUGUGUACGACCUGAUUGAUGUGUCGAGGAACAGCCUGCAGGUGCUCGCUAUCAAAUACUACGCUGAUGUCAUCGCAGCCUACAACAAGAGUGACACAGCCAGUCUUAGAACUGCUGGUGCCAAGAUGAUCGACCUUCUGAGUGACCUUGACACACUACUUGCUACUGACGUUCACUUCCUGUUGGGCGCGUGGACCGGUGACGCGGCCAGACACUUCUCUUCAGCCUGGGAGAAGGCGCUGUAUGACUUCAACUCACGGAACCAGGUGACUCUGUGGGGACCAACAGGGCAGAUAAUGGAUUAUGCCUGUAAAAUGUGGUCUGGGCUGAUAAAUAGAUACUACAAACCAAGGUGGCAACUGUUUAUAAACACUUUAAUCAACUGUACUCAAACGAAAACAGCGUUCAACAGUGGUGUGUAUGGCCAGGAAGUGUUGAACACGGUGGAAAUACCAUUCUCCUACGACCAGACUGACUUCCCUAAUGAACCCGAAGGUAAUGCUAUUGCAGCGGUGAUCGAGUUUCAUUCCAAAUACCGACCAGAAACAAAGUCCAAGUUCUUCUCGCAGUUCCCCAACGUCCAGUCGUCGGAUACCGUGGGAGGAUUCUCCUACGAAUAUGCCAAACGCUUCGGUCGGGCUCACUAUUAGAGGAGUGGAAGACCUUAUGAUAUCAGUGUGUGUCAUAUUUCGAUGCCACUGUGAGAAUAAACAUUCAUUAUUCAACAAA